GCUGAGCUCGCCGGGCCGGCCCCUCCGUGGGGCCGCGAAGGGACGCACGCGGGUGGACGCGGGGACCGAGCCCGGGCGCCCAUGGCCGGGGCCGCCAUGGCCGAGCGGGGCCGCGUGCCUCCCCCUGCACCCGCGCCCAGCACGGAGGGGCUGCCGCGCGCCUUCCUGCAGAGCCUGCGCACUCUGUUCGACAUCCUGGACGACCGGCGGCGCGGCUGCGUGCACCUGCGCGAGAUAGAGUCCCGCUGGCAGGGCACCGACGCGCGGGAGCUGCCUCGCGGGGUGCUGGAGGGCUUGCGCCAGGUGGCCCCGGCCAGCGGCUACCUGACCUUCGAGCGCUUCGUGGCCGGCCUCCGCACCUCCCUGCUGAGCGCCGACGGCGGCCCCCGGGACCCCACGCGCGCCCCGGCCCGGCCCGGGGACCAGCCGCCGCUGCCGCCGCAGCGCCUGGUGUUCGCGCCGGCCGACGAGCCGCGGACGGUCCUGGAGAGGAAGCCCCUGCCCCUGGGCGUGCGCGCCCCUCUGGCGGGUCCCAGCGGCGCCGCCCGCAGCCCGGAGCAGUUGUGCUCCCCGGCCGAGGCGGCGCCCUGCCCAGCGGAGCCCGAGCGGUCCCAGAGCGCGGCGCUGGAACCGAGCUCCAGCGCAGACGCAGGUGCAGUGGCCUGCAGGGCCCUGGAGGCGGACUCAGCGGAUGCCCGGCGGGCCCCCCGUGCCCGAGGGGAACGUCGGAGGCACACCAUCACCAGCGGCGUGGACUGCGGCCUGCUGAAGCAGAUGAAGGAGCUGGAGCAGGAGAAGGAGGUGCUGCUCCAGGGUUUGGAGAUGAUGGCGCGGGGCCGCGACUGGUACCAGCAGCAGCUGCAACGAGUGCAGGAGCGCCAGCGCCGCCUGGGCCAGAGCAGAGCCAGCGCCGACUUUGGGGCUGCAGGGAGCCCCCGCCCACUGGGGCGGCUACUGCCCAAGGUACAGGAGGUGGCCCGGUGCCUGGGGGAGCUGCUGGCUGCGGCCUGUGCCAGCCGGGCCCUGCCCCCGUCCUCCUCCGGGCCCCCCUGCCCUGCCCUGACGUCCACCUCACCCCCGGGCUGGCAGCAGCAGACCAUCCUCAUGCUGAAGGAGCAGAACCGACUCCUCACCCAGGAGGUGACCGAGAAGAGUGAACGCAUCACGCAGCUGGAGCAGGAGAAGUCGGCGCUCAUUAAACAGCUGUUCGAGGCCCGCGCCCUGAACCAGCAGGACGGGGGACCUCUGGAUUCCACUUUCAUCUAGUCCUCGUGCAGCCCUUCGAGGGUGGGCGCCCCAUCGCACCCACCCUCUCUGGCUGGAGACCCCCGGCAGGCCCAGGCACAGUCCCGGAGUGGGCCCCAGGCCUGUCCCCGGCUGGCCCCUGCACCAAGCGCUUGACUCCGUUUUGGCUCCUGGUGCUGACAUGGGCUGGGGCUCUCUUGAGUCCGCAUAGUCCGCAGCUACUACUGCCGCUGUGAGUGGACAGUGCGGUACCCCUCCACGAGUUACCGCCCCCCCCCCGUUUCCAGCGGUGCUGCCCUGGGUCCCAUCUUCAGGGAAAGGCACUGCCCAUGCCAGGCUGCACUUCCGACAACGGCCAGCAGAGGGCGCGGGGCGACUCCGACGCGGGUCCAAGGGCAGCGUCCCCGCUCAACCAGGGCACCAGGACGAGGUGGCUGUAGCUCGGACGGAAGCAGAUGGAGGGGGUGGGGAUGGCCUGUAAGCGGGGGGUGCCUGCCUGGCAGGGGAGCCCCAGGGAUAGCAGUCGGACUUCAGGUCCUGGCCAAGGCUGAGGGACUGGCUGCAGCGGAUCGGCACGCCGGGUGGCAGAGAGCUUGGCCUGCAUGUGCCCUACAGACCUGCAGUGACCGCCUUCCUCCUCCUGGCCGGGACACUGCCCCACAUUGAGUCCCACACAACAACCUGUGAGCCUGGCUCCCCGGGAGGGCCCCCAGACAGCUCCCAGGCACGUCAGAGGCAAAGCCUGUCCCCCCCACUCAGGAUUCCCAAGGUCUAGGGUCCUGCUUACCCCCCUUUCCUCUCACGCCCAGCCUGACCCCAAGUUUCAGCUGGGAGAGGCCACUUCCCUCAGCCAAGGAAAACGAGAACCCCCAGGGUACAGGAGGAGGCCGGGGCAGCUCCCCUUGGGUGUCGCUCCCUCACCCCCUGCCCAGGCCCACUCCCGCUGGUGCUGGAGUACGCACUGGUGGGGGGACCCUGCUCAGCCCAGCCUGGAGGGUCCCAGCGUCACCAGAACCAGGGGCACGGCAACAUCAUCGAUGGGUUCUGCAGCCCAGGGUCCCCGGAUGCGGGGUCAGCGUGUGUGUGGGGGGCAGGGCCCCUGGAUGCGGGGUCAGCAUGUGUGGGGCGCAGGGUCCCCGAUGUGGGGUCAGCGUGUGUGUGGGGCGCAGGGCCUCCGAUGCGGGGUCAGUGUGUGUGUGGGGGGCGCAGGGUCCCCGAUGCGGGGUCAGUGUGUGUGGGGGGCAGGGCCUCCGAUGCGGGGUCAGCGUGUGUGGGGCGCAGGGACCCCCUGUGUCCAGGGCACUUUGGUACACUGUCCCACAAGGCACCUGUCUCAGAGGAGGGGUCCUGGCAGGCAGUGUGGCAACUCCCUUCCGGAACCCGGCUCCAUGCUAACCUGCCCACAGCAACCCCACAGAGCCACAUCCCCUGCUGCACCUGGCCUGCAGGGGUGUCCCAGGACAGGCCCAAGUCAGCCCAGCAUGCAGCUGCCCUCCUACCCUGAGGAUGGGAGUGGGCUUUCCAGGGGACAUAAGGACGCCAGUCCUGGACCUCCUGGGCAGGAAAGGCAGCAGGUCCUGAGGGCCUGUGCCCCACAGCCCCAGCACCAGGUGGACCGCAGUGCAGCGGGUGGGCCAGUGGCCGCCAGGGAAAGCCCCCCAUCAGCAGGCUGGGGUCUGCCCACUGGGGCCUCCCCACGUCUGCCUUUGAGGGUGCCUGCCAUGCCCUGGGGGAUCCUGGCAUCUUUACUGGACUGGAAGCAGGAGACAGAAGUGUCUGUCCCGGGGUGACUUCAUCAGGAGACCGCCCACAUAGAGCUGGACCCCGAAGCUGAAGCGGAAAUGCGAGACAGGCCGGCACCUCCGGAAAAACUGCCUUUCAGCCUUGGUGUUCCAUGCAAGGUGCAAAACAAUAGGUCCUCCAAGUUUACAGCUUGAAAUCAGACUAGUGUGUGGUCCUGGAGACCACGAGCGGAGAAUUUAAAGUGGCCCCGGCUGGCAGGGUCGGUGGCUGGCAGAGGCACAUGCAGACUCUGCCUGGAGCCUGCCCUAGGAACGCUGGGUGGGUCAGUCUCCAUGCAGGAUGUGAGCAGCGUCCCUGGGCUCUAUCCGCGAGGUGCCAGUAGUGUGUGCAGGUACAUACACAUGCAUGCACACUGUUAAGAGAUCUGGAAAUGUCUCAGGACGUUGAAAUGUGUCCUUGGGGGCAGAAGUGUCCCCGGUUGAGAAUCUGCCCCAGAGGACACAACCACACCAGGCCUCAGGAUUUUGUGUUGAUCAAGUUCCAAGGAAAAGGAACAUCUCGGCCGGGUGUGGUGGCUCACGCCUGGAAUCCCAGCACUUGAGGCCAGGAGUUCGAGACCAGCCUGGGCAACGCAGUGAGAAACCCCAUCUCUACAAAAAAAAAA